AUGAGUAAACGAAAACUCGAGGAAGAAAAUGAUAGCAAGCAAAACAUUGAAAAUUCUUCAAAAAGUGUUAAACGGAUUUUAUCACGUUUGAAAUCAGAUAAGGGUGAUAUAUUACCAGGAGGUUUGUUAGAUUUGCCUAUAAAUAUUACUGUCGACAAGUUACAAGAAAUUUGUAACGCACUUCUACAGAAUGAGGAACCAAUACCUUUUGCCUUUUAUGUGAAUAAUACUGAGAUCACAAAUAGUUUGGAAAAAAAUAUUAAAGAAAAUUUCAGUAUUAGCGAAGAUGUAGUUGAAAUUAUAUAUCAACCACAAGCAAUUUUUAAAGUUAGAGCAGUUACUCGAUGUACUGGAUCAUUGGAAGGUCACAAAGAGGCUGUAAUAUCAGUUGCCUUCUCACCAGCUGGGACAUGUUUAGCUAGUGGUUCUGGAGAUACAACAGUUAGAUUUUGGGAUAUAUAUACACAAACUCCACAAUAUACAUGUGAAGGUCAUAAACAUUGGGUAUUAUGUAUAUCAUGGUCCCCAUGUGGAACUAAACUUGCAUCUGCAUGUAAAAAUGGAACAAUUUUAUUAUGGAAUCCAAAAACAGGAAAACAAACAGGAAAAGCAAUGCUAGGGCACAAAAUGUGGGUUACUUCCUUAUGUUGGGAACCAUAUCAUAAGAACCCUGAAUGUCAGUAUUUAGUUAGUGCUUCAAAAGACAAUGACUUAAGGAUAUGGGAUACAUUACGGUCACAAACUGUUCGUACUCUCUCUGGCCAUACAAGAAGUGUGACAUGCGUUAAAUGGGGUGGACGUGGUCUUAUUUAUUCUGCUUCACAAGAUAGGACUAUCAAAGUGUGGAGAGCCGACGAUGGGAUUUUGUGCAGGACUUUAGAAGGUCAUGCACAUUGGGUGAACACUUUGGCGCUGAAUGUAGAUUAUGUACUUAGAACUGGUCCUUUUAACCUUGGAAAAGAUCAGGAAACAAUUGAAAAUCGUGUAGAAUAUGCAAAAAAGCGUUAUGAAUCUGUAGGUGAAGAAAUACUAGUGUCUGGUUCUGAUGAUUUUACAUUGUUUCUCUGGAGACCAGAAAAAGAAAAGAAAUUUAUUGCAAGAAUGACAGGACAUCAACAAUUAAUUAAUGAUGUGAAAUUCUCACCAGAUGGUCGCGUAAUUGCAUCUGCUUCGUUUGACAAGUCUAUAAAAUUAUGGGAGUCAAGUACAGGAAAGUAUGUAACUUCAUUACGAGGUCAUGUGCAAGCUGUGUACUCAAUCUCAUGGAGUGCAGAUUCCCGUUUACUUGUCAGUAGUAGCGCAGAUUCUACUUUAAAACUAUGGAGUUUAAAAACGAAAAAACUUUGUCAGGACUUACCAGGUCAUGCAGAUGAAAUUUAUGCAGUGGAUUGGUCUCCGGACGGGUUACGUGUUGCUUCUGGUGGAAAGGAUAAAAUUUUGCGACUUUGGCAGAAUUAA